GACAAAAGAUGAAGAGGGCAGCUUCAACUAGUGGUGGUGCUAAGAAGGCCCCUAGAGUAUCUCCAGAGCCGAGUAAGAGGAGCCUCAGCUAUUCGAUUGAAACUGAUCCGUCGGAGGACCCAGCAACAAUUCCUUCGGAGUUUCUGACCCCCAGAGCAGAGGAUCCCACGGAGGGCAGCUAUGAUACAGAUCCCUCGGAGGAUCCGGCGACGAUUCCUCCAGAGUUUCUUACCUCUAGGGAGGAGGAUAGUCAUAAUACAGAUCUAUCAGAGCAUUCUUCUGGGACACCGGAGGAAGAGAUUUCCGGGGACAUGCCAGCUGCUCCUGUGGUAGAGCAUUAUGUUAGAAAGGCCUCCCCGGUGAGUGUUACGGACUACUCCAGUCCCUUAUCCUGGUCGUCAGUAAACCAGGAAUUGCCUGGUCAUCUAUAUUCCUUCGAUUCAGAUGUGGGUAAUGGCGAGAGUCAGACGAGCGGAUGGCAAAGAGAUGUCGAGGAGGAACACAUUUCACAUGGCAGCUCCCCAGAUCAGACCCGAGACCAAUCAGCUACAGGUACAGAUACCAGCUUUGGAGAUCUGCCCGCUUAGGACGGCUACCCUGCGGUCUUGGAGUGCUCCUUUGUCCGGAGCCCACGUUUGGUAUAGACUUUUCUGUUAUAUAUGUACAUGUUUAUUCAGGGAUACGACGGGGCCCUGUCCCGUCUUAUAAUCCUGUAUUGUUCGUAGAGGUCUGUAGACAUACAUGUGGGUUGUGUAUAUGUUUUGGGUUGAUACUCUGUGAUAGCCUUAUCGGCUUCCACACGCUAUAUCUGUUUAUCUGUGAUA